GCCACAGCUGAUGUUUAUAGGAAUGAGGGUAAUGAGGCCUUCAAGAAAGGAGAUUUCAUCAAUGCUAUUCAUUUUUACACCAAAGGAAUUAAAAUGAACUGCAAUGACAAAGAACUGAAGGCCAAACUGCACAACAACAGGGCAAUCGCACAUUCUAAACUUGGUAAGAUGAUGAGAGCUUUAAUAUGCAUUUUUUUACUAUUUUGAAGCUAUUGAGUUGUCAGUGUAGUUUUCUGAAAAAGGUGAUAAUUUUGAAUGCAUGCCCGGAAAAAUUUACAUCUUAUCUUGGCCUCUCAAAUAUACAAAGAAGUAACUUCUUACCCCAGAUAUCAAUGAGCAUCACAAGUUUUUCCCGAAAUUAUAGUAAUGGUAGUUGGUUUGCAACAUGUAUGGUUAAUCAGAGAUAUUUAUUUCAAUAACAGGAAAUCACCAGGAUUCACUAAGGGAUGCAGAAGCAGCCAUUGAGUUAAAUCCAACUUUCCUUAAGGCAAUUGUGAGAGGUUAGAUAUGGUAGCUGUACUAUAAUAAUAAUAAUAAUAAAAAAAAAAAACAAAACACUCUAAGGUUAAAUGAGGUUAAAUGGAUUUCAAUCUUGUCUCAAUGGACUUUAAUUAAGAGGUCGAGACCACCCUGAUGUACAUUUGAAUCUUGCUCUUGACUGCUACGCCAUUACUUCCAUUAAUCAUGAUGAGAAUAUUAUUUUGAACGGGAUGAAGAACUCAAUGCGGAAUGCAAAGCAAAAUUUCAGCAUGAAUAUUUUAAUUCCUUAAGUUCAAUGAGUCACAGGUGUCAGAUAUGUUAAGAGAGUGUCCACGAGAGCACCGGGCAGUCGUGCUACAUGCCAUCUCACCGAUUUCAAUGAAACUUUGCCAGUUUAAAGGGUCUACCCCAAAACUCAAAAAGACAAACUGGUUUCUGUUUUGGUUUUUUUUUCGGGGGGAGAUAGACCACCCCCCCGGUUUUUCUUGGUUUUCACCAAGGAAAUCGCUUCAAAUAGGUAUAAUGUAUGAAGCUCUCACCGCGAUGGUAUUCAACUGAUUACUUUGAGGAUUUGCACACAUAUUUUUUAUAUCCUUUGUUAAUGUCUGCUGCGAGUAUCAGUCAGUUUGAUUGAUAACUUGUCAAUCAACAGAGGUAAAUAUACGGCAGUGUUUUUAGACUUUUCGAUUUAUCCAAAUAUUUGACAACUUUGAGGUCAAAUAUCUCCCAUUGCCAGAAAGCUACAACACUAAUCUUAAUUACCCUUUAUAACCCAUCAUUUCAUCUCUGAAAAUCAUCAAAAAAAAAAAUUUGGGUACUACCGUAUUUUUGUUUUGGAUGCCUUUUAAAAUCUGCGACUGUGACAAGUUUCUCUUAACUACACCUGUCACGAAAUUCUUGCUCUAGGCGGUCACUUGACAAAAUAAACCUACAUUUUUUAGUUCUUUAUACAAGAUGAUUGAUCAAGAAAGGUUAAAAAUGUUAAAAACUUUCGAGAUUUUUUGUAGGAAUGGAAAAUUUGAUAAUUUGACGAGUAACCUUCCUGCAAAUUUCCCUUGAUGAAAUCCCAUGACAUAGCCAGUUGUUUUCGUGAGCAAAGACAAUAAAUAUGAAAGAAAAGUGAGAUGCAAAUGCCUUUUUUUUUUUUUUUUAGCUUAAUAGCAGCUGUACCCUCUCCUGCAGUCUUCGUCUAAAUUUUGAAAGGUCCCUCCUUAUCUUCUGCCUUGUUCGAUCAAUUUCGAAUUCUGAAGCUAGAUCAUCGGCAUCGGCCUCUCCGUCCUCAUUCAUAUUUACAGAGGAGGACCUCAUCAAUAAACCUCUUUUUGUUACGGCAGAUAACCUGCUGAAGUAUCGAGCGAUUUGCUGCUGUAUCAACCGGUGAGCAUCACUGCACGAACUGAGAAAGUAAAAACUUGUAUUUAUCUCCCACGCGUUUCGUCUUACAAUAGUAGACUUCAUCAAGGAUUUUUUCAAGUAGGGUAAAUAAGCUUGCUCAUAUACAAAUAGUAAAUAAGUUGUCUCUUUGCUAUUGAAGCCAGUGGAUAGAAUUCGCCAGGUGCGCCUACGGUGUUAUACAUGCGUGACAUUUUCCAGACGUUACAUGUACGAGUACGUGAUCCGUUUGAGGGUCACAGAUUUAGGGUAAAUAUUUCACCCCUCAACAUCACGCAAUGUCUCCAGUUUAUAGAGGUCUUAGAACGUUUCAUUAUAUGGAGUUGCCUUCUGCGGGUAGAAGGCUACAAGCGAAUUUCUCAGGCGUAAUUGCCUUUGAUUUCUUAAUUGAUGUUGUCGCAAACCUAGUUUUUGGGAGUCACAAGACAAAAAAAAACUUAUCAGGACCUAGUUUCGUGUUCUAAUGGAAAUAAAUAGCAAAUAAAAACACAUGUUCUUGAGAAAUAAAGUCACAAAUGACGGGGGUUCUCUGAAACAAAUAGUGAUAGAAAAGGAUUUCAGUUCUGGUCAAUAUUGACUUUUCCCGGCCUACUUCCAAGUCUGAGGGAAUGCACUGAGGGAAUAAAAAAACAUAAAUGUGUGGUAAUGCAAGCAAGAGAAUAAAAAUCCAAAUAAAGAAAAAGGAGAAAACAUAGGAACCCGUGUUGCAGCGUGCAGAUAACUUUCGAGCCAGACCUACAAACCUAAGCCCGACACCACCCAGAGAAACUCGAAAGAAUCCUGUAUAUGAACUAGCUCGCACGUGCACACAGGAAAGGCCAUGACAAUCAGCGAAAAUAAUAGCAAAUGCAAAUGAUAUUUGCAGUCAAAAAACAGAAAAAUAAGAUAACAGAAGGAUUAAGAACUUUUUAGAAGUAUCUUCUUGAAAAAAAAAAAGAUGAACAAUUUUUACUUCUCAUGAAAAGUCACGCAGUAACCCUACAAAUACUAUUUCUAUACGUGGAAUUUCUUGAUGGUGGAAAGUGGAAAAAACAUUUUCCAGUCUUAUUUUCUGGAAACAUGGCGUAGUUAAUGAAUUUAUGGGGCUAUUGAUAUUUCCUAUCAAAUAAGGGGGGCAGAGUUUCCCUUCAUGCGCGGUAUGGAAAAGCCGAAGUUGUUACACUCGGGAACUUGUACGUCAACAAGCAGGCGACAUGUGACUUUAAAAUCUCCUCUCCUGUUACAGUUUCCUUAUUGUAAAUUGUGCGAUAAUGAUAAUAGACGAUCAAAGUAUAGGCUAAUGAAUGUUUUGUUCUGUACCCUAUGUCCUGAUUUUAGCAAAUCUUGAAAGUAAUAAACGACUGAAGAAAGAAACGCAACGAUUUUCCCAUUGAUUUUUCGUCAACAUGCGUCUCUCUAAACGUGAAAUUUUCCAUUCCUACAAAAAAUCUCGAAAGUUUUUAACAUUUUUAACCUUUCUUGAUCAAUCAUCUUGUAUAAAGAACUAAAAAAUAUAGGUUUAUUUUGUCAAGUGACCGCCUAGAGCAAGAAGUGCGUGACAGGUGUAGUUGAGAGAAACUUGUCACAAUCGCAGAUUUUAGAAGGUAUCCAAGACAAAAAUACGGUAGUACCCAAAGAUUUUUUUGAUGAUUUUCAGAGAUGAAAUGAUGGGUUAUAAAGCGUAAUUAAGAUUAGUCUUGUAGCUUUCUGGCAAUGGGAGAUAUUUGACCUCAAAGUUGUAAAAUAUUUAGAUGAAUCGAAAAGUCUAAAAUUACAGUCGUAUAUUUGCCUCUGUUGAUUGACAAGCCGUCAAUCAAACUGACUGAUGUUCGCGGCGGCCAUUAACUAAGGAUGUAAAAAUAUGUGUGCAAAUCCUCAAAGUAAUCAGUUAAAUACCAUCGCAGUGAGAGCUUCAUAUAUUUUACCUAUUUGAAGCGAUUUCAGUAGUGAAACCCAAGAAAAACUAGGGGGUGGUCUAUCUCCCCACGGAAAAAACCAAAACAGAAACCAGUCUGUUUUUUUUUGGUUUUGGGGUAGAGCCUUUAAACUGACAAAGUUUCGUUGAAAUCGGUGCGAUGGCAUGUAGCACGACCGCCCCGUGCUCUCGUGGACACGCUCUUAAGUCACUAUCUAGCUGUUCUAGAAAAAAGGAUCAGGACUUACCUAACUCUUAGUGUUUUUGUGGGAGUUGUUGAUCCCAAUUUAAGUGUUCUUAGAAGUUUCAGUUGUCUGUAAAGCUAAAUAAAUCUAACUGAAACCUAAUAGGGCCUGUUUAUUCUUUUCCGUUUAGUUUCUUUGUUUUGUUUUGUUUUGUCUUUUUUUUUCUUCUGGUCUGUAAUGAUUUUAAUGGUUUCAGGUUCUUUUCUCAGAAUUGAGCUACAGUAAUAGUAUGCUUCUUUGUGUUGUUGCCUACAGGAGCCGCUGCUUGUGUUGAAUUGAAGAGAUUUGAAGAAGCAAUCACUUGGUGUGAUAAGGGACUAGCUGUAUCCUUUGAAAGAAUCGUUCAUUUUUAACCGUGGGUAUAAAAAAAAAGUUUCCAUAAUUUGAUGUUUCAAGGGAGAAAAUACAAAGAAGGGUAUUAAUUAUGAUGGGAACUUGUCAGCUCAUAUACUUUAAGUUUGUGUGAUUAAUAAUAUAGGAGACGUUAUAACCUCAUGACUUAUUAAUGAAAUUACUCCUUUUAGCCAAUUUGACUUAGUUCUACUAUCCAUGCCAAUAACUGUUACAUUAGUUUAAAUCACCCUUUAAUUUCCAGACCAAAUUUGUCUAGAAACGAUAAUAACAAAGUAGUUUGCAUUUAAAAAGCAGCAAUGUUUUUAUCAUAACAAGGUCACCCUUAAUCAUCGCUCUUGUUCAGAGGCUUGGGAACCAAGCACGUAAAUGUUAAAAUGGACUAUUACAUAUCAAUAUGAUCAGAAACAUAAUCUUUUUUGUUUUUUCCACAUUUUUUACCCUUAACAUAAAAAAGAUUGACAAAAACCAUAGGAUCUUGUUGUCAUUAAGACUUCAGUCUGUCAGUGAAGUGGGAGAUAAGUCCAUGGAGGAAAAAGAUCCUAUUAGUCAUGACCAUGGUAGUGCAAGUUCAGGUGAUGUCAAGAAAGUCAUAGAUCUCUAUAAUCGGGGAGAAGAAGCCAUAGAGUACCUCAACCUAUAUCUUAAAAAAGCUAAAGAAGUAGGAGACAAGCAUGGGGAGGGUAACGCUUAUGGCAGUCUUGGCAAUGCUUAUCACCGUCUGGGUGAUUUCAAAAAAGCCAUAGAGUACCACAACCUAAAUCUUAAAAUAGCUAAAGAAGUAGGAAACAAGCAUGGGGAGGGUAACGCUUAUGGCAAUCUUGGUAAUGCUUAUCUUCGUCUGGGUGAUUUCAAAAAAGCCAUAGAGUACUACAACCUAAAUCUUAAAAUAGCUAAAGAAGUAGGAGACAAGCAUGGGGAGGGUGGUGCUUAUGGCAAUCUUGGCAAUGCUUAUGACAGUCUGGGUGAUUUCAAAAAAGCCAUAGAGUACCACAACCUACAUCUUAAAAUAGCUAAAGAAGUAGGAGACAAGCAUGGGGAGGGUAACGCUUAUGGCAAUCUUGGCAAUGCUUAUAUCAGUCUGGGUGAUUUCAAAAAAGCCAUAGAGUACCACAACCUAAAUCUUAAAAUAGCUAAAGAAGUAGGAGACAAGCAUGGGGAGGGUAACGCUUAUGGCAAUCUUGGCAAUGCUUAUCGCAGUCUGGGUGAUUUCAAAAAAGCCAUAGAGUACCACAACCUACAUCUUAAAAUAGCUAAAGAAGUAGGAGACAAGCAUGGGGAGGGUAACGCUUAUGGCAAUCUUGGCAAUGCUUAUCGCAGUCUGGGUGAUUUCAAAAAGGCCAUAGAGUACCACAACCUAAAUCUUAAAAUAGCUAAAGAAGUAGGAGACAAGCAUGGGGAGGGUAACGCUUAUGGCAGUCUUGGCAAUGCUUAUCACCGUCUGGGUGAUUUCAAAAAAGCCAUAGAGUACCACAACCUAAAUCUUAAAAUAGCUAAAGAAGUAGGAAACAAGCAUGGGGAGGGUAACGCUUAUGGCAAUCUUGGUAAUGCUUAUCUUCGUCUGGGUGAUUUCAAAAAAGCCAUAGAGUACCACAACCUAAAUCUUAAAAUAGCUAAAGAAGUAGGAGACAAGCAUGGGGAGGGUGCUGCUUAUGGCAAUCUUGGCAAUGCUUAUCUCUGUCUGGGCGAUUUCAAAAAAGCCAUAGAGUACCACAACCUAGCUCUUAAAAUAGCUAAAGAAGUAGGAGACAAAUACUUUGAGGCAAUGGCCUACUCUUCACUAGGAUGCGUUUUUGAGUUGCAAGGUGGACUGCCAAAAGCCGUUGAACAUUAUCAGGCUAGCAUAAACUUAUUCGAUUCCUUGAGAGUACUUCUAAAAUCUAAAGAUGAGUGGAAAGUUAAUUUUCGAAAUCAGCAUCAAAUGACGUAUACGGGUUUGUGGAGAGUUCUCGUAGAACAAGGUAAUGUAGAUGAAGCCUUAUUUGUUGCUGAGAAAGGGCGAGCUCAAGCUCUGACCGACCUCAUGGAAUCCAGUUUUUGUGGUGGAACUAGUCACCAUAAGGGAGAAGAUGAAGAUUUCACAGUUUUAAAAAACGUUCCAUCAAACACUGUCUUUCAGGCAGUGGACAAAGCUGACGUCAAUCUUUGGGUUGUUUCCGAAGGAAAACAAGUUCGGUUAAGACAAAGUAAACUCAAAGGUUUUGUUUCAGAGAAUAAUUAUAAUGGAUCUAGCCAGUCCUUUGAGUCGUUCAUGCUCGGUGUCUAUACACAACUUGGUGUUCGUUCUAAUGUGAGAUGCGAGAAUCGAUCUUUAGAUGCUUUGAGGGAGGGCCCUUCAAAAGUGGAUGAGAAAACCAAAGAAGCCAACCCUCAACCUCACAUCCAACAAGACGGAUGCUUGAGCACUUUGUAUGAUAUCGUUAUGAAGCCGGUGGCUGAAUUGAUUGAAGGGGAUGAGCUACUCAUUAUUCCUGAUGGACCCCUGUGGAUCGCUCCUUACGCUGCAUUGAAGGAUGGUAAUUCUAAAUACCUGUGUGAAUCGUUCACAAUCCGAGUCGCUCCAUCGUUAGCAAGUGUUAGACUCAUUGCCGAUUGCCCAGAUGAUUAUCACAAAAGCAGUGGUGCGUUACUUGUAGGAGAUCCGUGGGUAUCCGAGGUUACUAACAGCGAGGGAAAGAAAGUCUUGGAGCAGCUUGAGUAUGCUGAAAAAGAAGUAGAAAUGAUCGGAAAAAUUCUGAAUAUCACGCCAAUCACUGGCAGACAGGCCACCAAACGUGAGGUGUUGAAAAGACUCAGUUCCGUUUCUUUAGUUCACUUUGCGGCACACGGAUGUCCGGAAACUGGCGAAAUUGCUCUUACACCUGACCUAGACCGAAUAUCUACGGUGCCUACGGAGAAGGAGGAUUACAUUUUAACGAUUCGAGAUGUGUUGAAUGUUCAACUUCGUGCCAAACUUGUUGUGCUCAGUUGCUGCCACAGUGGUCGGGGCGAGAUCAAGGCUGAAGGUGUGGUUGGCAUUGCGCGCGCUUUUAUGGGGGCUGGUGCUCGGUCUGUUGUGGUGUCCCUGUGGGCGAUUGAUGACGAGGCUACUCUCCAGUUCAUGAAAUGCUUUUAUCAACACCUUGCAGAAGGUAAACCAACAAGCAAGUCACUGAACCUGGCCAUGAAAAGCCUCAGAGAAUCAAAUGAGUUCCACGAAAUCAAAUACUGGGCGCCCUUUAUGCUGAUUGGAGAUGACCUCACGUUUGACCUGAUGGCAAAGGAAAGAGAAAAUUUGAAUAGAAAAUCAAAUAAAUGA